UAGACUGUUUGUAUAGGCAAUAUUUUUCUGUUGAAUUAAACGUCAGCAUAAUUUUUCUUAAAAAAUCUGUUCGCUAUAUUUCAUUUACUAAUUUACGUAAUUAUUUUCCGGCCAUUUUUGAUGUUCGGUCGCAUCAAUAUUACAAUAAUAAUGGAGGGGAAAGACUAAUUAAUUCGACAGGUGGAAGAACAUUCCUGUCGGUGGGAUUUUUAACCUUCCUAUGCCGUUCUACUAGAAAAAGUCAAGAGAAGAUGGCUGGUUAGAGGCCAAAAAACAAAAAUUGGAACGGCGUCACGAAGGACGGGAGAGAAAAAUUAAACUAACAAUAAAAAGCAGUUACUUUAAAACAUGGGUCAGUGCUGACGGGCGAAAAACUGUUUAUGCCUGCUGGGUAAUUUUGAGACCUAUAAAGCAUUUAAAAAACGCACAAAUUCACACACUUACUGAAACAGUUUUCUUUUUUGUGAUUAGAAUUUAAAAAAUAAUUUUCCAUAUAAUUUUUUUGGCAAAUCGAAAAGUUUUUUAGUUGCAGAUUUAAGUUUCACCUUUCCUAAAAAAUUAAAAUGCAAGCUCAUUUCUCACAAGCAACAAUUAUUUUUGUCGCAAUGUUCGCGUUAGCGAUAUUCGUUUUCUUACCAAGCUCCACAGUUGCUUGUGGAGGAGGAUGUUGCGGUUGUUGUGCAACAUGCGGAAUCGGUGGCUUUGGUGGAGGUUUUGGUGGUCCAGGUUUUGGUGGUCCAGGCUUUGGUGGUCCAGGUUUCGGCGGUGGUUACGGUGGCGGUUUCGCUGUUGGAGGUUUUGGCGGUGGUUAUGGAGGAUGUGGAGGAGGUUUUGGUUGCGGUGGUGGAUGCUACGGUUGCGGAAAGAAAUAGAACCUUUACGAAAUUUUUCAGCAAUCAAAAAUGUUAUAUGAUACAAUUUAUCAGGAAUAUUUUGUGCUUUGUUCAAUUAUACUUAAUCAUUUUAUCG